AUGUUGGUACUUGUUGCCAUAUUUUGCUCCCUAUUCGCAAGGGUGGCACGCGCGGAUUUACCUGGCACAUUCACGUACCCCGUUGAGAACGGACUUGUUUUCUAUGACGGAGAAACCAUUGAUGUCAGCUGGACAUCGACGUUGAGCAAUGCAAGCCUCACUCUCUUCUGCCGCAAUGGGACUGAGACAAGCGGGACCACCUAUCAGAUAAAUUCCAUCGGCAGCACGGAAGUUUACGUCAACUUUCGCCAAUCAUCGGACUACUGCUGGCUCAAUUUAUACGAGACAGGCAAUAAUGCGGACGGUGUCAACAGCGUGACUUUCAUCCUGUCCUCCGACUACCACAGUGAGACAACACUAGGCAUAACAGGCGUGGCAACCACAAGCUAUGCUGGGACUGGUGUGCCGACUGGUCCUGUCACAGCAGCGACAACAGCCACAGCGACAGCGACAACAACUACAUCGACAUCAACUACAGCGACAUCAACAGGAACAGCCACAACCAUAAAAGGAAGCGUAUCUAUCACCGCAACCGAAGCUGCCACAAAUACUGCCACGGCGUCCUCAUCCAGCGGCAAUCUUAGUACAGGCGCCAAGGCUGGAAUUGGGGCUGGCGUGGGCGUCGCGUCGUUGGCGGUCCUUGGGGCCUUUCUACUCUGGUUCUUAAGGCGGAAACGCGUGCGGCGGAACGGGCAAGAUUUGUCCGAAGGACAGGAGGGAAUGACUAAGGAGAAAGCCAUGUUGUUGGAUGCUGGAGAAACGGGAGGGGCUACAGGAACCGCAUGGCAGCCUGAAGUGGUCCACGAAAUGAGAGGGGACAAGGGUCGCCCGUACGAGCUCCAUGCGAGCACCGGGCAUACUGUAGAACUGGCUGGGUGA